AUGCAAAAUAUAAUUGAUCUUGUGCAGUCAGCCAAAAGUGUCACCGAUGGGCGUUCAGCCACGACCAAGAACUUCCGUUCGCCGACGAAUAUAAAAGCUGGGAUUCCGAAGAGUUGGUCAAACAAAAUGCAAGUGCUUGUGGUUCAAUUGUUUAUUCUAGCGGUGGUUGUCGUAGCCUCAGCUUGUGGUCAUGCGGUGGAGCAGGAACAUCUGGCCAGCCACGCCUAUGGACCAGCCAUACACAUUAGCUCGGGGGUUCUCCAGCUAGCUCCGGAUACAGAGCAGCCGCAAUUGCUGCUGGUGCCCAAUGUCCACUCCUCGUCACUGGGAAAUCCCUGGCCGCAUUUCUAUGUGGACACCUUGACCGCUUCGCACCUGCCACACUCAUCGAUACCAACGAUCCACGAGCCCCGAAUUUUGGUCAGCGAUAAUGUGGACUUUUCGCAGCUCAAAUUGCCCCAGCAUCAGGUUGUCCACUCCCAUGGUCGCUAG